CUGGCAGCCCACUUCACGUAGGUUUUGUAGGUUAUGUUUAUUAUUUCCCUAAAAUAAUAUUUCAAAAGCCCUUUCAGACGUUCAAUGAGCAACGAAAACCAGAUAAAUCAUGGCUAGUGCUUCAUCUAUUUUAGUGGGUGGAGGUACCGGUUUUGUAGGAACUACCCUAUGCAAUGCCUUGAGAUCCAAAGGUUAUGGAGUCACAAUAAUCUCUCGUAUGCCUGGACCACACAGAGUUUCAUGGUGUGAUAUACAAACCAAAGGUUUGCCAAAAAACACCAAAGCUGUGGUCAACUUAGCUGGUCAAAAUGUUAUGGACUUCACUAGAAGAUGGACUGCUGGAUUCAAGCAAAAUGUUUAUAGCUCUAGAGUGAACACUACAAAGUCUCUGGCUAGUAUAAUAGAUGAGGCAAAUGAGAAACCAACAGCCUUUGUGACAAUUUCAGGUGUUGGUUGUUAUAAGCCUGACAAGCAAAAAGAAUACACAGAAGAAUCAGUCUGUGGUGAAUUCGAUUUUUUUUCAAAAUUAUGUAAAGAUUGGGAAGAAGCUGCACAUUUGAGUGACCUUUCAAAUAGAUAUUGUAGGGUUGUAACCAUAAGAAGUGGGGUGGUUUUAGGAAGAGAAGGUGGAAUGAUUAAGCAACUUCAUCUUCCAUUUUAUUUGGGUUUAGGUGGACCUGUUGGAAAUGGGGAACAGUAUAUGCCUUGGAUUCAUAUUGAGGAUUUGACAAAUAUUAUUAUUCAUGCCAUUGAGACUCCAAAUGUUGAAGGUAUUCUAAAUGGAGUAGCUCCAAAGCCAUGUACAAAUAUGGAAUUUUCAAAGGCCUUUGGUAAUGCUAUGCGACGUCCAGCAUUGCUUCCUUUGCCAAGUUUUGUACUCAAUAUGCUAUUGAACAAAGAAAGAGCUGUUAUGAUUACGGAAGGUCAAAAAGUUAUUCCCAAAAGAACUAUUUCAACAGGAUUCAAUUAUAAAUAUGGCGAUAUUCAAUCAGCUUGCAGGGCAUUGGUUGGAGGCAAUUAGGAAAUGGUUCACUACAUAAUAAUGGGAAUGUUAAAGGGGAUGCAAAAUACCCGGAGAGAUUAACUGUGUAGCACUAUGAAGACUGCUUGAAUAGUACCUACCUAGUAUUAAGUAUUUAUUUCUUGAGAAUAUUGAUUUAAUGAAUACAUCUUGUUAUUAAUAAAAUGUUUAUAAUAUUUUGAGAACUCUAAUCUCUUUCUCACUCAAUAUAAACAAACUCGUAUUUGUACAAUAAAUUCCAAGUAUUUCAUCAUUAGAUAUAUUCACUACUUGUUGCUGUGCAAUGUUGUUAACUCUUCUUCCUGUAGAUCUAUUCCUCACUUCCCCUGAGGAAACCGCAAUGCACUUUUUGUAAAUGAAAAGAUGCCCAGACGAUUCACAUAUAACUGAGUAACUCAUGUCAGGUGGACAGGCGAUAAAUUUUCUGUUCCGCUUCGACG